CUUCAGUUCCACUCAUAGUCAUUCGGGGCGAGUCAGAGAUAAGGCGCUCCUGCAGUUCGGAGUAGUGUUCUAGCGCGCACGCACACAGCUGCAUCCUUGUUUGUUUUUUUCUUUCUGUUUUUUUGUUUUUUCGUUAAAUUUCUUUUUUCGUGCUCGUGCAGCCCCUGCUCGGCGACGCCACUGGCAUUCAAGGCAGAGGCAGCGACUACUGCUAGCUUUAUAGCUGGCUGGCUCUGGCACUGGCUGUUUUGCUGACUGCCUCGCUGUGGACAGAACGAAAGACAGGCGGCAACUAAAGCGGCGGUCGCAAACGAAAUUUGUUUAAUAUUAAAUACAAAUACAAGAAUAACAACAACAAGAAGAACAGCAGAAGCAGCAGUAUCGACGACGCUCGACGUACUAGAAACAACUAUAAUAAUAAGAAUAACAUACAUAAAAUAAAAUACAAAAUAACGGCAAAUCAAAAAGAAACGAAGACGACUAAAAACGGCGGUAGCGGAGCACACAGGCUAUACGAAACGUUUUUGAAAAACGCCAAAAGUAGCCGUAGGCUUAUCGAUAGACAUACUGAAGAGGCAAAGAGAACGUCCCAUACAAUCUCUAACACAUACACUCACACACAUACACACAGAUACACAAACACAUACAUAUACAAAGUACAUUAACGUAUACAAUUCAAGAUUAAUCGAUAAACGAUCAACAAGAAGAAGAACAACAACAGAAAAAUGUCAAACGGCAAGGCGACGGCUUCGUUCUUUGAGAACGGAAGCACCAGACAGUUUGAAUACUGCUACGAACUGUAUCCGCAGGUGCUAAAGAUUAAAGCCGAAAAGCGCAGCAAGAAGCCACAAGAGCUAAUCCGCUUGGAUCAAUGGUAUCAGAAUGAACUGCCCGGCUUGAUAAAGGCGCGAGGGAAAGAUGCCCACUUGGUAUACGAUGAACUUGUUCAGGCCAUGAAAUGGAAACAGUCUAGGGGUAAAUUCUAUCCGCAACUGUCAUAUUUGGUCAAGGUGAAUACGCCGCGUGCAGUAAUCCAGGAGACAAAGAAGGCCUUUCGCAAGCUACCCAAUCUGGAGCAGGCGAUCACAGCGUUAUCCAACCUCAAAGGCGUGGGCACCACAAUGGCAUCCGCCCUGCUAACAGCCGCCGCCCCCGACUCAGCCCCAUUCAUGGCCGACGAAUGCCUGAUGGCCAUACCAGAGAUCGAGGGCAUUGAUUAUACGACCAAGGAGUACCUCAACUUUGUGCAGCACAUUCAGGCCACAGUGGAGCGACUGAAUGCGGAGGUUGGCGGCGAUACGCCGCACUGGUCACCGCAUCGCGUCGAGCUAGCGCUCUGGGCGCACUAUGUAGCCAACGACCUCAGUCCCGAGCUGCUCGACGAUAUGCCCUCGCCGACAGCAACACCUAACACAAACGGUAGCCUGAGCAAGGCGAGCAAGGUGCUCGAUGGCGAGGACACCAACGAUGGCGUCGCUGUCGAUGUGGAUGAGGACGAGAGCCUCGGCGCAGGUGGCCGGAAUACGGCAACAGAAUCGGAGACAGAGAACGAAAACACCAAUCCGACAUCGUUGACGCCGCUGGGCAAUGCGAGUGGUGGCGUUGGUAGUGGUAGUGGCAAGAGCAACAUUAACAGCAGCAACAACAACAACAAUAGCAACAACAACAACACUGCCGCCUUGCAGGAUGGCGACUCAAACUUUGUGUCGAACGAUUCCACCUCGCAGGAGCCGAACAUUGAUGACAACACCACACAGACAACGGCCACAACCACAUCGACGGAGGACGGUGAGCCGAUGGGCGUGGCAACGCCACUGGCCUCCGACUCGGAAAGCAAUCUCGAGGCACCGCUCAAGAGUCGCUUGGCCGCCGUUGGAGUUUGUGUUGGGGCAGGAGUAGGAGCAGGAACAGGAGCAGCUGUAGCUGGAGCAGGCACAGUGGCAGGAGCAGGAGCAGCUGUUGCCCAAUCGCACAACAACAACAAGCAGAUCAAUAACAACGGACAAAGCGCUGCACAAUCAGCAGCAGCCGCAGCAGCAGCAGCAACAGAAGGAUUGGGUGGACCAGCAGCACCAGCGGCCGUGCCAGCCGCUUCAACAGCAGCCAAUAGUAAUGGCAAUGGCAAUGGCAAUGGCGUGCUCUCGCUUGGUGGCAGUGCGUCAGCAGCGAAUCAAGUUGAUGAUGAUGAUGAGGAGGAGGACGAGGAUGAGGAUGAGGAUGAGGUGGACGAGGAGGAGGAUGAGGAUGAAGUGGACGAUGAGCUAGAGGCUGAUGAGAGUAACAGCAAUGGCAGCAGCAAUUUGCGUGCCAGCAAACUGCAGCAUUUGGCUGCAGCUGCGGCUGCGGCGACAGAAGCGACAACGCUAACAGCGCCAUCUAUUGGACAAAAGCGUACGGCGCUGCAUUGCGAAUUGGACGCUUCUGCUGCAACUGCAACUGCGGCUGCUGGUGAGAAAUCGCCAGAGUUGAAAAAGCUGCGCAGCGACUGAGCUACAUGCAGUGCAGCGCCGCAGCCGUCGCUAAGUAGCAUCGUUAGGCCGCGUAUAUCUGGUGGAAAGACAUGUAUGUAGUGCAGUUGAGUCGACAUUUGAGAGCAACAUUACCUACACUUUGCCACAACAACAUUCAAGAAAUUUUACUAUUAAGCAAAACUAAUUAUACAUAUAAUAUAUAAUAUAUAUAUACAACAAAGAGAAAGAACACACACAAACAAACACAUAUAACAAAAAGCAGCACACACACACACACAACGAGAACAUAAAAGGAGAUCGAGAAGCAGCACAGCAGCAGCACUUAACAUAGGCUUAACAGGCAAAAAUAUAGAAUGAGAAGAACAAGGAGAAGAACCCCACAACAGAGAGAACAUAACACACCACACCACACCGCAACACACCACACUCACAUUAAAUUAGGAACAUAGUGCGGGCGCGUAUUAAAUGAAGUUUAAGUUGAGCUCGAGGAUAAAACCGAGUAAUGUUGGAUGAUGAUAUGAUGAUGAUGAUGAUGAUGAUGAUAAUAUGAUAUAAAGAGUAAUAGCCAUACGGAGUCCCCAAUUGCAGCAGCGAUUAACAUUAUACAUGUGAAGUGAAAACGAUAAGCAAAUACAUAGUAACUAUUAAAUCAGAUACAAAUUGAUAUUUUUACACAGUCAAAUGAAACCAACAUUUAAAUAUUAAACGAAAAAAGAAAACAAAACAAAAGAUAAAAAUUUACAAAUGCCGCAGUUGCCCACUACAUACAAGAAACGGAAGAAAAAAACAAUAAUUAUAAUAAAAAGUAAUUUAUAUAAGUAUUUAAAAUUAACAAUAAAUCAAAAAGAACUUGUCGCAUAAAACUCGAAACAUCGUCCCCCGAUUGAUCGCCGCCUUCCUCCUUGACCACCACUACAACAUAUAUACACACGCGCUCCAUAUCUCUUUUUCACCCAACCACCUAUCCAUACACGCUCACCAAAACUCACCAACCUCAUGCACAAGCAUACAUCUACACACAUACACAUCCCAAUCCAAGCGGACGACGCCGCUAUCGACGUCGAUUAAGCAAAAACAAAAACAAGAAAAAAAUACAAAAACUCAUUUAAAACAAUGCGAAAUUUUUGUGGUCGUAUUUGUAAUAAUAUAAUUUUUAAUUUAUGUGUACAACUUACUUUUUUUUUUUAAUACUAUAUAUAAUACUGAAUUUUUUAUAAUUUAUACGAUAAUAUUUUUUCAAUUGAUUUAAAGAAAAGAAAAAACUAAAUUUAAAUUAAUUUUGGAAUCGAUCUACCUUUAUCUGUUGGGCUGAAACAUCAUUAUACGAUACUUUUUUCAGCUUUUGCUAUUUUCAAUUGGUAUCGAAAUCGAAUCAAUUGUCAGAACACCAUCUUUCAAAAUUAUAAUAAUUUUAAUUGAUAUAGCAUAAGUUCAAAAUAAAUUGUGAAAAAUAUUAUGAGUACAA